CGCUCCCCAUACUGAGGGAGCGCACUGGAUGCGGCGAGGAAUAACUCAACUACACACAUACACUCACACACACACACACAUACUACUCCACAACUGGUAGAGAAAAAAAAAAGAAAGAAAAAAAAAGAAAAACCUCAGACAUGGAUGACCCACUCACAAAAUGGCUCCACUUACACAGUAACAUCAACAACACGGCUGGAACGGGUUUCAUGGACAACAAAUGCGUAGUUAUAUCUGAUAUUUUUGCCUCAAAUAAUAUUCUGAACUAUGGGUUAAUCGAAGGAAAUCUCAUUUAGGACGUAGGGGACUCUAGCGAGUGGUGACGGCAUAAAAAUGAUGGAAAAACGGCAGCAGGAGCUUUGUCCUGAAAGUCCCGGUGCAGGGUCCGGUCCUAAUAAGCGGGAAGACUCCGCCAUCAUCUCCAGACAGAACGGAUGCAAGGAGGACGGGGAGCCGAGGAGAGAAGAGGGGGAGGAGGAAGAGGAGGAGGAGGAGGAGAGGGGGGGAAGCUUCAAGGGGGUUGAGGAGACGGAUGACGUUCCUCUGCAGAACUCGAACAACGGGACCAGCAUCAGCAUCAUCAUCAACGGCGUUGCCAAGGAAACUGCCUCUCACAACGCCCUUGACCUGAAAAAGGAAGUGCCGGUGAUCGAGCUCUCCAGGAGGGACGCUAUAAAAGCGGUGCAACAGAGGACUGAAAGCCAUUUGGUGCCGAUCACGGAACUUCGCAGACCUCCACCGCUGCCGCUGCCGCCGCCGCAACGAGACGACGCUCGAAUGGUCCAACUGAGCCCAAACGCGUUUCCUGUCCCAGCGCGGGCGAUGCUCUACAACCUGGCGCAGCCUCUCGCCGCCAUCAACAGUCUUGGAGGAGAGUCGGAGCAGUACAGCAUGUACCCCAGCAACAGGGUAAAGCGCCGCCCGGCGCCUUAUGAGGUUGAACUCGACGAGGGUAGGCGCAUUUUAGAUCUUUAUAAGUAUGCUGGCCAGCCAAAGAUUGUACGUCGCAUCUUCACAAACAGUCGCGAACGUUGGCGGCAGCAGAAUGUAAAUGGGGCAUUUGCAGAGCUUCGUAAACUCAUCCCCACUCACCCUCCCGACAAGAAGCUGAGCAAAAAUGAGAUACUGCGGCUCGCUAUGAAGUACAUCAGUUUCCUUUCCAACCUCCUUGAAGAUCAGGAUGGUGGGAGGAAUGUUGGCAGCACAACUGAUGGGGACACAGGGCUGCUUGUUGGUGUUGCCGCCCACGAGGGGGGCCCUCAAGGUGGGCCACACCAGGACGCAGUAGUGGGCUUAGCUAGGGAUGAUCUUCUGGAGACAAUGUCGCCGGGCUCCAGCUGUGGAAGCCUACCUGAUGGCGAUGCUGAAGGCAGUCCUGAAAGCUUCAUGGAGGACCAGGACUCACCUCCAGCUCCUAGGACUCUAACAACAUCUCGUGGACCCCCACUUCAUCUAGCUACCAGGGAUCUGAGGCGCAAUGGACGCCCAUUAGAUAGCUCCAGUCGCCGAUGAUGCUGAUGCCAACAAACAAUGGACACAUCACCUGAGAGUGAAAGGGAGCAACUAAAAAAGAAGCGGAUAUGCUCAGACCCUCUUAUUUUUGAGUCACCAGUGUAGGAAGGAGAAUCAAGCUCCACAUAGUGAGAAAAUGUUGUCCAAAAUGAUGAUGAUGAUGAUGAUGAGUGCAUUCUCGUCUCCACACUAUACAUGACCCAAUGGACAGUUUGGUUGAAUUUAACACAACUAAAGACUUGUAAAUUCUGCAUGUCUCAUGUCUUUGACUGACUUGCGGAUUUCAGCGUUUUGAAAGUCCCAAAGACUGGAUAUUCUCACAAAAGAAACAACCCCAAAAAAUAUGAAAGAAAGAGCAAAAAACAAAGAGCAAAACCUAAUAAUAAUCAGGCAAUAAUAAUUCAAGUGACACACAUUUCAUACUGAGGAUCGAUAUUUCACUGAUGACACUAUGAAUUACAAUAUGAUGCUGCCAGAAUAGCUCCACCUUGCUUGCACGGUGCUGAAAGUAAAUGUUAACAAGCAAACCAGGAGAUUUAUCCUUGACAAAUUUGGCAUUUUAAAUUAAACACACAAAGGAAAGUUUGCCUCAAUCUGAGGCCACAAAAACACUGACUGGACACUAAUUGUACCCAUGCGAUUUGUAUGCAUUGUAAAUAGCAUUAUAUUUCCACUGCUCAAUGUAAUAAUAAUGACUCAAAUUCAAGUCAUGUGGUUUAAGAUGUACAAUAGCGUGUGUUUGUUAAAAUUGUCUUUUAGGAGACAGGAUUGUGAGGGAAGAGGAAAAAUUAGAUGAACUUUUUAAAAAAAAAGAAAAAAAAAAAGUAAAGCAAGCAACUGAACGUAAAAGUGCAUCAAAUGUGGUACAAUUUACUUCUGUUACACUUUGGCGAUGAGAAAACUACACCAAAUAUGUCAACAGAGAGCAAAACAAUCUCACUGCCUGGAAUGAAUAUAUCUAUUUGAAAUUGCUGUGGAGGUACAAGACAUGCAGUGUACAAAGCAUGGGUCAAAUUAAAUCAUGACAUGACUCAUGCAGUCCUUUUUGUAUGAAUGUUUGGGGGGGGGGGUGUUUGUUUUUUUUUGUUUAGUUUUUUAACUGUAAUGCAGUUGUAGUUUAGUAAGGUACACAAAUAAAUCCCUUCGUUGCCACAUUUUA